AUGAAUUCUCUUCCAGUUGAAGUCGUAACUUCAAUUUUAAAUCAUCUUAAUGUAGGCGAAGAUCAUGACUGUGACCACCCAAGCUCCUCCGCCUACUGGUCCGUCCCUCUCCAGACUCAGGCGGUAUUCUGGGAGAGGCGUGUCGCUGCAGACAGGACCGCAUGGAACUUGGGGGUCGAGUUCCGGACGAUUUCUCGAAAGUUCAAUAAUGCCAUGUCGGCCCGGAUGAAUCAAUCCGUUAUCCUUGCCGGUCCGACGAACGCCGCCUUUGUCCCGCGAAGUCAUCUCCCCACUUCGCCAUGCAAGCGGCUCAAAAUUUACUCCACCAGCGGCUGCUCCCAGGGACUGCAGUUGCUGAGGGAUAACAGCGCCACGAUCAAGUCGUUCUUCGUCGAGAUGGGCCGUGCCCCGUCUACGGCGCAGUGGCCAAAUCCCUUGCCGCCCCUGGAUCUCCGAUCCACCUCAUUCCCCCUCCUAACUUCAUUUACCUUCCGAACAAACGCUGGCUGCGAAUGGCUCAGAUUCGACACUCUAGUCGAACUCCUACGCAACUCGCCCUGCCUGAAACAUUUGACGGUGUUUCAAUUGUUAGGUUCACCAGACGGCGCGGAAAGCAUGGAGGGAUUCCGGCCUCGGGGGGAGCCGGCUUGCCAAUUGGUCUCCCUCCAUGUGCGAAGAGCCUGGGCGCUGCAUCCGGAAAAUCUGCAGUUCAUCGUGGCCAAGUCGCACAGCAGUCUCCGGCAGCUCACUUGGGUCCUCGAGGAGUAUGUGACAAGCAGAGAGCCGAGAGAAUAUACCAAUCUUGGCCGAAAGUAUGAAGCCUAUACCUUCUUUCACGCUUUCAAGCGAUGCAGACAGAUCGAAACCCUCCGGAUAGCAGACCUGGUAAGGGACGAAGUGCCGCCGAGAAAUAUAAGGCGAGAAGCGUUCAAUUGGAGUUCUUACAUGGGGAAAGUUCUCAAUAGCAUGAUGCCCCACUUGGCACAUCUUCAGCAUCUUGAGGUUUGCGGCACGAUCCGGUUACCACUCUUGCAUGCUUGGGAUCAGAAUGUGCUUCCGUUCCAUCUGAAGUCCCUUUUUAUCGACCGGCAUUUCGGAUACUGUUUUGGAGGUCUGAUCCGCCAGUUGGAGCGAGCUGAGGGACCGCUCAGCAGACUCGAGAAGCUUUCAAUCGACGAACAAGUCGAAAUCGAUUGCCCGGCGGUUCAAUGGCAUGCUAUGCGAGCCCUCUGUGAACGCCGAGGAGUCGAAUUCAGAAUCCAUAGGGAUGACUUAUCCCGGAACUAA